AUGAGGACAGGCGGGCACGCCGCAAGCACGAGCUUUGUGCGCCUGGAUCUUGGUCUCGUCGACGGCGAACGUUACGUCCGGCCGCCGAUGUCCCGGGAUAGGCUCAGCGACGGUGGCACGGUGACGGAGUGCUUGCUGGUGGUCCUGUGGGUGGACUCCUCCCGGAGGACCUCGAGGGUGCAAUGGGCGGUGAGGCAGUCGUCCAUGACGGACAUCGGGCGGUGGCUUGGGUUGGGGAUACAGAAGGAGAACCUCGGGGAAGAUGUUGCAGGUAACUCUGGUGAGAAUGAGGGGAGUAAGAAGGCUAAGAAGAAGAUUAAGAAGAAAGGCAAUCUAUGUGGCUUUAAGUCAAGGUUUAACUCAAAAAGGCUGGCUCAGAUUGGGAAGCAGUUCAAACACAAGAACAAAUCUAUCACCUUCAGCAAGCUUAUGGUGAAAAGGAUUUUCAACGUGCCAUCCAGUGAUAGACCCGUGAAGCUUUUAAAGAAGAGUGAUGAACAUGAUCUUCGCAACAUCUACAAGGAGGGGAACAGGGCUCCAAUCGCCCAUGUUGUCAAAUUGCUCACUAGUUGCAGUGAGGAGGACGUGGUUAUGAUAAAUAGGACUUGGGAACUCCUUGCGUUGGCAACAGUUUUGUGCCCAGGCACGGGCAAUAUGGUGAAUCUCGAGUAUCUUGCUUCCCUCGAAGAUAUGUCUUUGGUGCAUGAAUUCGCUUGGGAUGAGCACUUGUUGGCACGAGCUAUGGAGGAGGUUGGAGUCUUUCAAGAGAAGAAGAGGAUGCAAGAAAACACAGAAAAAGAAUUUCAGAUUGCUUCAUGCCUUCCCAUGUUAGCGAUCAUAUACAUGGAUCAUGUUGAUAUCCCGGCUGGCCUCCCAAAUGAGCAUGCUAUUGAUUAUUCCGUCCCAAGGAUACGUUUUGUUUGUCAAAAGGAUUUUGAGUGGUUGGAUAAAGUUGACAAAAACAAGCUCACUCUUGUCCAACCUUUCUACGGGAAACACACCCAUUUUAUGGAAGCUUUCUUAUUUAUGCCACUCAUGUUUUGUUUUCCUAGAUCCGGAGUUUGUGCAACACCCCCUAUGCAGCACAACUUGUGGGACAGGAAGCUGGUGCUGAAGCAGCUAGUGGGAAGGGAGUUGGUGCUGAAGCACCUAAUCUUACUAAAACAAGACUCAACAACCUUCCAACCAGCAAAACUCAUACCCGAGCUUGAAAGGGCUGUGACAAAGUUCAAGGCGAAUAAAUAUGACCUCCUUUUUGUCACAAUUGUUCAUGAAAAGCAUUGGAUAGUUGUUUGCGCAAACUUGCUAUACAAGCAGUGGAAUGUAUUUGACUCAAUUCAUUCAAAAGGAAAACAAUCUCCUUUGAAGAAGCAGGCCAAUAACCUGAUCACAAACUUUGCAGCCCUCACACAAGAGUGCAGCCAAUUCAAUGUCAAUGUUGGAUCCUUCGCCCGUGUUGACCUAGAGGAUUACCCAAAGCAAGAUAAUCUGAAGACGUGGCGCAAUACCGCAUGGAUGUGGCGCACAACCUUUGCACUCACCCAAUGA